GAAGCACUCCAUUAGGCACUUACCAAAGACUAGUUCAGUAUCAUAAAGCAGGGAAGAUUUCAUUCAAAUAUGUCAAGACGUUUAACAUGGACGAAUAUGUUGGUAUCCCACGGGACCACUCCCAGAGCUAUCACACCUUCAUGUGGGAGAAUCUCUUCAAGCACAUAGACAUUGACCCUGCUAAUGCACACAUUCUGGACGGCAAUGCACAGGACCUCGAGAAAGAGUGCCAGUUGUACGAGCAGAAGAUUAAGGAGGCUGGUGGGAUUGAGUUGUUUAUGGGAGGUAUAGGUCCAGAUGGCCAUAUUGCUUUCAACGAGCCAGGCUCUAGCCUUGUGUCACGAACCCGUGUCAAGACACUCAACCAAGAGACCAUCACUGCCAAUGCCCGUUUCUUUAACAAUGACAUGUCAAAAGUGCCAAAGCAGUCCCUUACUGUGGGUGUUGGGACAGUUAUGGAUGCCAGAGAGGUAAUGAUCCUUAUCACAGGAUCACACAAGGCCUAUGCCCUUCACAUGGCUAUUGAGGAAGGGGUCAACCACAUGUGGACAGUAUCAGCAUUCCAGCAACACCCCCGCACCCUCAUGCUCUGCGAUGAGGAUGCAACUCUUGAGCUGAAGGUCAAGACUGUCAAGUACUUUAAGGACUUGUGGUCAGUGCACAGCAAACUCAUUGACGACCCAAUGAUGGCAUCGUUUCAAGAGUGAAGGAUGAAGCCAUUUUGUGCUUUUUACAGAAAUUGUCCCAGUGGUGGUGGUCAUUCAUUUCUUUGGGUGAAGGCUUAAUGAUAACGGAUUUCAAAAUCAUAUUCCAAAUAUGGUAAUGGUGCUAUUUAUCAUUGAGUAAGAUUUGAAUUUUAUUUUUGACAAAUUAUUUUUAAAAAAUCAAAAUGCCUUUUGAUAAUAAUUGCAUAUUGAUAAACAGACCUUUUGGAAAUGAAAAUCAAAAGGGAAAUUACUUACAAGAUGAUGAUAGCAUUAACAUAUUACAGCUGAUGCACUGACUUUGUGAUGGUUGACAUUUCCCAUAGAUUUUUUUUAUUUCAAGAGAUAAACUGAUGCUGAGAUAUCUUUUUGAUAUUAAAUUGAAUAAUUGUUGAUCUGCCAGAUGAUCUUGCAUUGAUUUGACUUUUUUUUUACAUCUAUAUUUUUUGAUAAAUAUCCUUCUGGAUGUAAUCUAAUAAAUUAGAAUUAUAUUAAGACGAUUCAAAACUGUGAUUAAAAAAGAGAAAGAAGUGUAUUCCAUCAUUGUGAUUUUAUUAACAAUGAUAUAAAAAGAUUAUAUAGCUUUACUUUACUCUGUCCAGCAAGGUAUAUUAAAAUAUUACUCUGAAGGACAGCACUAUUAAAAUGAUCUGUGAAUUAUGAUAGAUUCAAAAAGGUGUUCAUUGAGUAAUUACUGUUAGCAGAAAGGAUUCAGGUAUCUUUUUUGUUGCUUUUACUAUUUGUAAUUGUUAAUCCUAUAUAUAUAUACCCAUUUUGGGGAGCUUUAUAUGCACACAUGUUUGUAACUGUUGGUACACCUUGUAUUUGUAAGUGGAUGUAUAUGUAUAUCAGAUUAAUCAUAUAGGAUCGUGUUAAAGUACAUGGGUGUAUACUGGUUAAUCAAUAAAAGGACAAUAAUGUUUAUGUAA